AUGCCCCGGCUCUGGGCGGCUCUGGGCGGCGUGCUCUGGGAGUACUGCGCUGCGCUCCUGCUCGGCGGCUUCUGGGGCCAGGGCUCGCAGGGGAUGCCGCAUGUCAUCCGGAUCGGAGGAAUCUUUGAGUACGCAGAUGGCCCCAACACCCAGGUUAUGAGUGCCGAGGAGCAAGCCUUUCGAUUUUCCGCCAAUAUUAUCAACAGAAACAGAACCUUGCUGCCUAACACAACGCUCACCUACGACAUUCAGCGGAUACACUUCCACGACAGCUUUGAAGCAACCAAGAAAGCCUGCGACCAGCUCGCCCUCGGGGUCGUAGCAAUAUUCGGCCCGUCCCAAGGCUCCUGCACCAACGCCGUCCAGUCCAUCUGCAAUGCCCUGGAGGUCCCCCACAUACAGCUGCGGUGGAAGCACCACCCGCUGGAUAACAAGGACACUUUCUACGUCAACCUGUACCCCGACUAUUCUUCCCUCAGCCAUGCCAUCCUGGACCUGGUGCAGUACCUGAAAUGGAGGUCAGCCACCGUGGUGUACGAUGACAGCACAGGCCUGAUUCGGCUGCAGGAGCUGAUCAUGGCCCCGUCAAGGUACAACAUCCGCCUGAAAAUCCGCCAGCUGCCGCUGGACACGGACGACGCGCGGCCGCUGCUGAAGGAGAUGAAGCGGGGCCGGGAGUUCCGCAUCAUCUUCGACUGCAGCCACCUGAUGGCAGCUCAGAUCCUCAAGCAGGCCAUGGCGAUGGGAAUGAUGACAGAAUACUACCACUUCAUCUUCACCACUCUGGAUCUUUAUGCAUUAGACCUAGAACCAUACCGCUACUCUGGGGUGAACCUGACCGGCUUCCGGAUCCUCAACGUGGAGAACCCGCACGUGUCGUCCAUCAUCGAGAAGUGGUCCAUGGAGCGGCUGCAGUCAGCGCCCAAGGCGGAGCUGGGGCUGCUCGACGGCGUGAUGAUGACAGACGCUGCCCUGUUGUACGACGCGGUCCACGUGGUCUCCGUGUGCUACCAGCGAGCCCCCCAGAUGACCGUCAACUCCCUGCAGUGCCACCGGCACAAAGCCUGGAGGUUCGGUGGCCGCUUCAUGAAUUUUAUAAAAGAGGCCCAAUGGGAAGGAUUAACUGGACGAAUUGUCUUCAACAAAAGUAGUGGCUUACGGACAGAUUUUGACUUGGACAUCAUCAGCCUCAAAGAAGACGGUCUUGAAAAGGUUGGCACGUGGAACCCUUCCAACGGUCUGAACAUCACAGAAAUUGCCAAGGGACGAGGGCCCAACGUCACGGACUCGCUCAGCAACAGAUCUCUCAUUGUCACCACUGUCCUGGAGGAGCCCUUCGUCAUGUUCCGCAAGUCCGACACCGCCCUCUUUGGGAACGACCGCUUUGAGGGCUACUGCAUCGACCUGCUGAAGGAGCUGGCCAUCAUCCUGGGCUUCACCUACGAGAUCCGCCUGGUGGAGGACGGGAAAUAUGGCGCGCAGGACGACAAGGGGCAGUGGAACGGCAUGAUCAAGGAGCUCAUCGACCAUAAAGCUGACCUGGCCGUCGCUCCUCUCACCAUCACCCACGUCCGGGAGAAAGCGAUCGACUUCUCCAAGCCCUUCAUGACCCUGGGGGUCAGUAUUUUGUACCGCAAGCCCAACGGGACCAACCCCAGUGUGUUCUCCUUCCUCAACCCCCUGUCUCCUGACAUCUGGAUGUACAUCCUCCUCGCCUACCUGGGGGUCAGCUGCGUGCUCUUUGUCAUAGCCAGGUUCAGCCCAUACGAGUGGUACGACGCUCAUCCCUGCAACCCCGGGUCGGACAUCGUGGAGAAUAACUUCACCCUGCUCAACAGCUUCUGGUUUGGGAUGGGCGCGCUGAUGCAGCAAGGCUCGGAGCUGAUGCCCAAAGCUCUAUCUACACGGAUCAUUGGUGGCAUAUGGUGGUUCUUCACCCUAAUUAUCAUCUCGUCCUACACGGCCAACCUUGCCGCCUUCCUGACGGUGGAGAGGAUGGAAUCCCCCAUCGACUCGGCAGACGACUUGGCAAAGCAGACAAAAAUAGAGUACGGAGCAGUGAAGGAUGGAGCUACCAUGACCUUCUUCAAGAAAUCCAAAAUUUCCACAUUUGAAAAAAUGUGGGCCUUCAUGAGCAGCAAACCCACGGCACUGGUUAAAAGCAACGAGGAAGGCAUCCAGCGAACCCUCACGGCCGACUACGCCCUGCUGAUGGAGUCGACCACCAUCGAGUACAUCACCCAGAGGAACUGCAACCUGACUCAGAUCGGGGGGCUCAUUGACUCCAAAGGCUACGGCAUUGGGACUCCCAUGGGCUCCCCGUACCGGGACAAGAUCACCAUCGCCAUCCUCCAGCUCCAGGAGGAGGACAAGCUGCACGUGAUGAAGGAGAAGUGGUGGCGGGGCAACGGCUGCCCUGAGGAUGAGAACAAGGAGGCCAGCGCUCUGGGCAUCCAAAACAUCGGUGGGAUUUUCAUCGUUUUGGCAGCAGGCCUGGUGCUCUCAGUCUUUGUGGCCAUGGUGGAGUUCAUCUACAAGCUGCGCAAAACGGCAGAGCGUGAGCAGCGCUCCUUCUGCAGCGCCAUGGCCGACGAGAUCCGGCUCUCGCUCACCUGCCAGCGGCGGGUCAAGCACAAGCCCCAGCCCCCCGUCAUGGUGAAGACGGACGCCGUGAUCAACAUGCACACCUUCAAUGACCGACGGCUGCCAGGGAAGGACAACAUGACCUGCAACACUGGAUUGACGCCCGUGUUUCCCUAGGGAAUGGGACCUGGGGGGUGGGAGGGAAGGAAUCGCGUCAGUCAAAGCUGAAUGCACUCUUAACUAGGGAAGAAAGGAUUAAAAAAAAAAGCGAAAAAAAAAGCGAAAAAAAAAAGCUUGGUUUGGUUCAUUUCAAGAUCAAGGCCUUUAAAACACAGCUGCAUCAAUCACCGGCACAGAAGCACCAACUGCAAAGCAUGGACUGUAACAUGGGUCUUGGGGCUUUUCCGUUUCAUUUUUGUUAUUUUCCGUUCCUUAUUUUUUUACAGCUUAGAUCCUACAGGCCUCAUGGAGUCCAAACACACUACCAUCCAGGAGUCUGAUGUUUACAUACCGAAAACACACGGAGGCAAAAACGAAUUGAGCCAAACUGACCCUCGGUGGGUAACGAGGAGCCCCUGAGCAAGGCUUCUUUAGCAUGGCAAUAAAAAGAAACACUUUGCCCCUCCAGGUGUGGAGUGAGCAACGGUCAGAGUGAGCACCCAUCCCAAAGUGACGGACACAACACAUUUAGGACACGCUGGCCAGGAACGAGGAAAGUGCCUGCAAAGCUCUGCGAUGCUCCAGGCUGCGCCCUACAACGACGCAGCUCGUGGUGGCUCUUUGCUCCCCAGCCGUGCUGGCUGGCGUCACCACAGCACGAAGUCCACGCGGGGGCCUGGAGGGAGAAGGCAACAGAAAUGCUCAUCAGUAGACCUGAGACAGCUGACCCCGAAGGCGAGAGCAAGCUCGAGUGACCGGAGUCCUGGCCAAGAACGGGACCGCGUGCAUGGGGACUGUGCCACCUCUGAGUGCAAGCGCCCCAACGCCAGCCCACGGUGACACUGCGGCUCCGUCGCGCUCACACUCAGACCAGGAGAGGACACUACGCAUGGUUUAGGACUAAAUGCUACACGUGGCACCAGAGACCUGAGAGGCAAAGCCUCAGCCUGCAGGGCCGGGGCUGGCCUGGGACAAACAGCACUGUGUGAGCCAAACCUGACACCCCCUCGCCCUGCCCGGUGACCCGCAGCCCCGCCGGCAGCAUCUCCAUGCCAUUUACACAAACACGCUAACAUCUUUCGAAGAAAUCUUCCCCGGACUGUAUUCUUAUUUUCAGGCUGCUCAAUCCAGGAGGCUGGUCCUGCGGAUCAUCUUGUCAGAAUUACCAAAGACCCCUCUGCUGACCGAACGCACCGCUCGAGUGACGCCGCGCCGCUCCGUCCCUCUGCGGAUGAAUUUCUCCCCGGCCAUCUGCUAAACAAAACCAACAGAAACGGCCCUGCCCAUGGAAACCCAGAACAUCCCGAGGAGUACUGCAAGGUGCUUAAAAGCUCUGGUUAAAAAACACAGGCGUUGAUGAGAAGAGCAACCUCUUUCCCUGGCAGACGUGACGGAGCCCUGCUGCUGGACACCCCCACUCCCCGAGCCACGAGGCUUUCCGCAGGGUUUGUUUGGGCCCAAAGGGACAAACCUGCUGCAGCCCAGUUAAAAGGUUUUUCCCACCUGUUUCUUUCUCAGUCUCAGUUAUAUGAAGGUUAUCUUUGGAGCUGAUUAGAAUUAGCAAAUUAGCUGAAGGGGAGAUUUCUGCUUUCCCCCCCCAUCACAGACCAUAAUUUGUCCUUAUUUUGUCUUUCCAUGAUGUAAAGAAGCAACACAGUGACCCGAAACAAAAAAGCUAGAUUUGUCAUAUUUUGACUCACGUAAAGAUAUGCAAUGAAUUUACAUUUAUUUUCACCUUUUCAUAGAAACCAUGAAAAAUCAGAGUUGAAAGCUGCCAACUCAAUGCGCAUCAUCAUCUUCACAGUUUGCUGACCAAACACCUACAGCUGAGGACGGACUGGGAAAUGUGGCUGUUUCCCAAAGCUAAUGACGUAUUUUCUGUACUUCUUUGCCAAUCCUUAGGCUUGUCGGAGCAGUAGAGGUUAUGUUGUCUUUGCAGAUUCCUAAGCUCUUAGAAAGGGAUUUUUACAAUCACACCACAGAUAAAAACAAAGCCUAAAACUGGCUUUAAAUGUCCUGAGAGUAAAAUACCACCAAAAACCAUUUUGCUUCCUGGCAGAUUUUUUUUACAUAAGUAAAUAUCACUAACGCCAUAAACACCCUUCGUUCAUCCCUGACGCCAGUUCGAUCUCACUUUACUCACCAACAUCCCAGAGCGCCAGGUGAGCAGCCGGAAUCAGUAGUGCUAUCCGCCAGCAAGACAAAGCCUUGCAGGUUAACCUGCUCUCUUCCCUCUCCUCUGACCCUAAAUCAGCACUUCAUGCGUCUCUGUUACGGUUUUAUGUUUAAGACCUCGGUCACUAAAGGCUUUGACACAGGGAACCGCCGGCACCGCCAGGCAGGGGGCUGCUGGGACCGGCCCCGUGGCACCGCUCACGCGUGCUCCCCGCCAGCUCCGCUCACCGGGACGGUUCCUGACCUCGUCCUCCUGCGGUGCCCCCAGGGCCAUGCGAUCACUGCGCUGCUGAACCAGCCCGGCGGCUUCACCCAGCGCGAGCGACGCGGCAGCCUUCUGCAGAGAGCAGCAAUGAGCCUGACAGCGAGCAGCAGCGGCCAAGCGGCCUCGAAGGGGCAGAUGUGAUGCUGAAGCCCCGAAGCCUUUCGCAAGCUGGUCUGUGCCCCUUUUGUGACCGCUGGCGACUCCUGUCCUGGAACCAUCCGACUUCCAGCUUUCCUGAAAGCAGUUUCUUUCUUGGCGUGGUGGGCAGAGGGACUGGAAAAGCGAGGAGGGAAGACAAAAAGCAGGUCUGGGCUAUUAAACUGUGUCUAAACUGCUGCCAUGUCUGUUCACUGUCCCUUACCGCUGCUUUUUCCUCCCGGGUCUCCUGUGAGCCAGAGCAGGGACGCAGAGGGUAGCUUCCUUUGGGGUUGCUUUUCCCUUUAGACUUAACCAAUAAUGAGCAUUGGGUACAAACGGCGAGCCUACAAAUCCACAAAGAAGGUGAAUAUGCAAAGGGAAGCAGCUCCAGCUCCGGGCAAGUGCUGUCCCCUGUGGGGCAGGUGAUGUGGGGAGCAGGAUUCGGCCGGCUGCAGGCACUGGCGGUCUCUGGGAGGUCCCGCAGGGGGACCCACAGCUCCUGAGCGGUGUACGGGGGGAGCCUUCCUGCAGCACGCGCGAGCAAACUGGGACGAGACCCAGCCCCAGGGCUGGCUGGGCGCUGGCGUGGGAAGCCCUUUGCUGUCCGUACCUUUCUUUGACAUGUUUCUCAAAAAAAAAAAAGCAAGAAAAGAACAAAAAGAAGAAAAAAAAAAAAAAACAGAAAAGAGUUGGAUAAAAAAAGGAAAAAAACUGGUCUCCGUGAUAUUCAGGGGAUUUUCCUUUGUGGACAUGCAGAAUUUCUAUGAAUAUAGUUUUUUGUAAACAUUUUGUAACAAUUUUGGUUUCAUAGUAACUGUGUUACUUGCUGAUCAUUCUAGGCUGAUGUAAAUAAAAUUUCCAAAAAAAAAGAAAAAAUUCUGAUUAUUUUCCUUUUUAAGACACUGUGAUAUAUCAAAGUGCACAGUUUGCUGUAUGAA